GGCCUUUUAUAUCUUUGUUCUGAGGGAUCGACAGGGGUUGAAGAUGGAAGAGAGGCAAAGGCGAAAUUCAACUGACCAAACAAGUCAAGGUCAAGGUCGAAUGACUAAAGGUCAAGGACACGUAGCCACCAUGGACCAACGAGUUCACUUACCAAGGGUCAAGAGGAAGACCGUAUUCGUAUUCAUCGUUAUCUUAGGUACUUUAACCUUUAUGAUUAGUGGAGGAGUAUUCGAACUCUUGCCGGUUUUUCGAUCGCAGAGACGGCACUCUGACCCCGCAAGUUUCACCAAGGUCACUUCAUGGAUCGGAUCAAAUAUCAAUUAUUCAAAGGAUGAUCGAGAGAAGGCUGUUCAAGCCAAAAACACGUAUGAGGGCGCUGUAAAUAGUGACAUGGCGUCCUCAUAUACUGUGACACCUCCAAGAAUCGUCCUUGAUGAUAAAUUUAAGAAGGGGCCUCAUGUCGUGGAAAUUUCUAAACCUCCAGCGAUAGAUCCAGAACACGUGAUUGCAGGAUUUCAACGAACAUUCCCAACAGUGAAAGCGGUGAAUUGUAAAGUUUUGGAGACUAAUGGUUCCGCCAGAAUGAAUGAGUGGAUCAAAGCGAACUCGUACAUGGCAAGUCACCCCAAAAAUGUGGAAUCUCCCAAACAUUUUUUGAAGGACACGUUAGACUGCGUGACAUUCAAAGAGAAUCGAGGUUACGUGACGUCAAGUGUGACGGAGGAGGAAAAAAACUUUCCCAUCGCGUUUAGUUUACUAUUAUACAAAGACAUAUCGCAAGCAGAACGCUUGCUCCGCGCCAUCUAUCGGCCGCAGAAUUACUAUUGCAUUCAUUUGGAUUCAAAAUCGGACAAGGCGCAUUUGGACGCUAUCUCUGCCAUCGCCAGUUGUUUUGAUAAUGUAUUCAUGACGCAGCGGAUGAUACCCGUCCAAUGGGGGUGGUUCAGUGUGGUGGAACCAGAGCUGAUUUGUAUGGAAGAACUGAUGAAAUAUAAGAAAUGGAAAUACUUCAUUAAUUUGACUGGACAGGAGUUCCCGUUAAAGACGAACUGGGAGUUAGUCAAGAUACUUAAAACUUACAACGGUGCUAAUGGUAUAGGGGGAACAGUAAAAGGGCGACAGGCCAAAAGAACCCUAGUCGUCCAUCAUGGCAUACGGUCAACGACGACGAAGAAGGAACCAUUCGAGAUGAAUGUAACGUUGACCAAGGGUCCUGUUCACAUUGCUGCCUCGAGGGGAUUCGUCGAGUUCGUCUUACAUGACGAUAGGGCGGUCAAGUUCCGCGCGUGGAUACAAGACACCGGAGUCCCAGACGAGACGUUCUUUUCAUCUCUGAACCACAAUCCCAAGUGGGAUGUGCCAGGAUCGUAUAAAGGUGAACCCGAGAUGGACCCCGUCACGUACCCAUACCUCACUCGCUUCAAGAACUGGAAGAAGGGAAUGUUUCACUGGCCAUGCGCCGGAAAGAGAGUGCGUGCAAUAUGCAUAUUUGGCGUCGGGGAUUUAAAUCUUCUGACGUCACGGCCGGAACUAUUUGCCAAUAAAUUUGACUACAAUUUUGAGCCUUUAGGGUACGAUUGUUUGGAGGAGUGGCAUUUCAGGAAGAUUAUCUUGGAAUACACGGCUAAAAAGCCUUUCGAUGCUAGUUUUUAUGCUAACUUGUCAUUCAUAAAAAAUAAAGUUUGA